GUGUGUUUGGUUCCUUCGGAUAUAUCUUCAGGAGAGGAAUUGCCAAGUCAUAGGGACAGAGAUUCAUUCUGUCAUCAGAUGACUUUCUGCUUGACUGAACUGCACCUGUGGUCUUUGAAGACUACCUUAUACAUUGGAGAUAGAGACAUCGGGGUCUACCAGUAUUAUGACAAGAAAGAUUCACCAACAACAGAACAUGGUAACUUAGGAGAAAAGCAGAAACUGGCAGAAUCACGAGGUUAUCUGUGGACAGUCAAAAACAGACGCCCAGAAAAACUUCGAGACUCACUCAAAGAACUGGAGGAGUUGAUGCAAAAUAGUCAGUGUGUGCUGAGCAAAUGGAAGAACAAAUAUGUCUGUCAGCUCUUCUUUGGUUCAGGUGUGCUGGUGUCCCUAAGCCGUUCUGGGCCUCAGCUGGAAAAAGUGGUGAUUGACAGAAGCCUGGUGGGGAAGCUCAUCUCAGACACCAUCAGUGAUGCUCUUCUCACAGACAACUUUAUCAUGCUGUCAUUUUUAUCACAAAACAAACUAUGUUUUAUUCAGUUCACUAAGAAGAUGUCUUCUCCUGAUGUAAACAAAAGACUGGAAAAACUUUCGUCCUUGGAUUACAAGAUUUCUUACUGUGAAAUUCCUGGCCCAGUAAACAGAACCACAGCACGUCGUCUAGCUAUCAAUUGUGUUCAGGAUAUGGUGGUUUGCUGGUGGCCUUUGGUCAAUGAUGAUGCCUGGCCUUGGGCCCCCAUUUCAUCUGAGAAGGACAGAGCCAAUUUGCUGCUUCUGGGUUGUGCUCAAGGAAGACUGGAGGAUAUCCAUUACCUUGCACUAGAUAAGGGUGAAUUGGCACUAGCUGAAGUGGCAAGAAAAAGAGCUAAUGAAAUUGAUGCAGAAUCAAUAACCUCUGAAGUUGAACUCUUGGGGCCUUUGAACAGAGGAGACAUAUUAAAUGAAGCUUUUGUUGAUUUGUCAUUAGUCCCUCAAGGUGAAGACACAAUUCCCGAUAACAUUCCUCCCUUUGGUUCAAUGCAUAGUCAUGCUAUUCAACAAAGAACACUUAAUAUCUCUUCUAACAGCCACCAGGUUCCAGAUGAUACCAUGAUACCAACCUGACUUCCCUGGGCAGACGACCCCACCAUGUUUCCUGGAGCCCCACUAGGGAAUGAGAGAGACAGGCUGGGAGUAUGGAUCAACCUGCAAAUGCCAUGUUCAGCGGGGAAGCAAUUACAGAAGGCAGACCUUCCACCUUCUGCACCUCAUAAUGAUCCUGGGUCUAUACUCCCAGAAGGAUAAUAGGGCAGCUAUCAAGGGAGUAUUGGAUAUAGAGUUCUGGGGGUGGGAAUUGUAUGGAAUUGUACCCUUCCUAUCCUUCCCAGCCUUGUUAGUAUUUCCAUUUUAUAAAUAAAAAUUUUUAAAAAACUAAUGAAAGUCAACAUGUUACUUUUAAUGAGGUUAAUUAUGAUCAUAGUAAUAC